UCCAGAUGCAGAAUGCAGGCAAUGCAGGCACGGCCGUGUUGGCUUUAAACGAAAGCGCUACUUCAAUUGAAAUUGGAUGAGCAGAGAUUUAUGGCGGGGCUGCCAACCUUGCAUUAAAGCAAGCUCCGUAAAUAUGUCGGUGUGAAGGCGCAGCUAAGCGGCCGACAGGCGCCAGCUGCGAGUAGCCGAUGUUCGAAGACUUCUUCGUGCCUACUGCCUACUGGUUGUACUAGCACAGAACACCUGCGAGCCCACUUCAGCGAGGAUAUGGUUGAACCAUGAUUAUCGGCAAUAACAGAAUGCUGUGCGUCGUUUGAAAUUGGGCGUCACCGUCAAAAUGUUUACGCGCGCAGCGAAGGAACUUCUGCGCAAUACCAUCAGUAGUGUCGACCACCACAACAGGGUUCUAGAGGAACAGGAGAUGUGGCGUCAGUGGGAGCUAGAGAAAGGUCUCACCAUGAUGGUGUCAGAUGAGGCUCUUCGUGCGCGCCAGCAUUCCCAGCGGUCCCUCAAGCAAGGCUCGAAGCGUCGACACUCCCCCGAGUCAUCACUGCCAGCAGCUGGUAGCAGUAGCUCUCAAGAAAGGUGGGGCCACAGCGGCUAUCGGGAACUCUACCCUGAAGAGUUCAGCCCCCCAAGAGAGAAGCGGCAGAGACGGUCCUCCAACCACCGCCGCAAUGGAAAGCCGCAUCAUCGCCACCGAAAGUCGCGCCACAAGAAGUCCUCCGGUCAGGAAGGUCGUCGCAGCCGGUCACGCCACCGCCACCGGUGCAGGGACUCCUCGACCAGCAGUAGCAGCAGCUCAGACAGCAGUACCAACUCCUCAGACAGCAGUACUAACUCAUCAGAGAGCAGUGAUACUGAGCUGGUCUGGGAAGAGCGCAAGACUUGAACUACCAUGACGUGGUGAUACUGUG